GGAGAGAGGCAGUGGGCACCCAGGGCUCGGCUGUCAUCUCCCUCACUCCUCCUUGCAGCAGGUCUGGGGUCCUUUUUGGUGUGGGAGUGUGUCCCCCAGUGAAGGGGGGUCCUCCUCAAUGCAGCUGCCCUUGAAAAUGGAGUCGAGCACCGAGGAGGAGAGCUGGCUGGAAGACCAGUGGGAGAAAUGGCUCACCCAUGACAUCAGCCUUGAGGAAUUUGAGGAUGAAGACCUCUCUGAGAUCACUGAUGAGUGUGGAAUCAGCCUGCACUGCAAGGAGAGCCUGGCCACCCGGGGCCAUGUGAGCCGGGCGGGCGGCGCGGCCCGGGCGGCGGGCGGCGGCGAGGCCAGCCGGCUGCAGGCCGAGAUGCUCCAGCUCGACCUCAUCGACGCGGCGGGGGACACGCCGGCCGAGGAGCAGACGGCGCCCGAGCCGCUGCAGAAAGAGCCCCCCGCCGGGACCACCGAAGUCUACAGGCCGAAGCGACCCACAACCCUCAACCUCUUCCCGCAGGUGCCUCGCAGCCAGCUAUGGGCUUCUGCAGCCGAGUUUCCCCCGGUGGAUGAAUGCAACCCAGCUGGCUCCUUGCCCAUCCUGUUGAGCCAUCAUGCCAGCUCUUGCAGCAGCAGCAUGGACACUCUGAAUAACAACUCUCUGGGGAAAAAGCACAGUUGGCAGGAGCGGGUGUCCCGGUCGUCGUCCCCUCUGAAAACGGGUGAGCAGACCCCUCCCCAUGACCACGUUUGCCUGAGUGAUGAGGUCAAUCACCAAAACAGCACAACCUCCACCAAAGACCGGGGCACAUCCACGGAGAGCCCAUGCCGGCGCACAGCAGCCACACAGAUGGCCCCAGCCUGUGUUGCCUCGUCCCGGCCGCCCGAGAAGCACCAGGCCACCAGCCGGGCCCCACCACAUGGUGCCAGCGUCGUGGUGGUGACGAGGGGCCCCGAGGCCCACCGGGACCGCAUCCGCUACCAGACGGAUGUGAGGCUGGAGGCCACCGAGGAGAUCUACCUGACGCCCGUGCAGAAGAACUCGGACCCCCUGGAGACUGACAAGCCGUUCCUGUCUCAGUCCAGUGAGAACCGCAUGUCCAUCAGCUCUGACAUUGACACCUCUGGCUACUCAGCCCUGGCAGGGAAAACCAACCCCUCCAUCAGCGAGGAGGAUGAGGUGCUGGACUACAUGUCCUCCCCUGACAAGACAAACCUGCCCAGGGCCUCCUGUGGUGGUGGGAGUGGUGGCUCCCGGCCAGGGCACAACCUUCAGAGAGCCUCUGUGAGUUCGGACACCAGUGCCCUCUCCUAUGACUCUGUCAAAUACACACUGGUGGUGGAUGAGAACGUGCAGCUGGAGCUGGUCAGCCUCAAGCAAUGCUACUCGGGCUACAGUGACGAGAGUGACUCGGCCACAGUCUACGACAAUUGCAUCUCUUCACCCUAUGAGUCGGCCAUUGGCGAGGAGUAUGAGGAGGAUGCGCUGAAGCGUGACUCAGUCUGCCUCUCCGAGGAUUCCACCCCUGAGGCAGACAUCCACUUCUCCAAGAAGUUCCUCAAUGUCUUCAUGAGUGGUCGGGCACGCUCCUCCAGUGCUGAGUCCUUUGGGCUGUUCUCCUGCAUGAUCAACGGGGAGGAGCAGGAGCAGACUCACCGUGCUGUCUUUAGGUUUGUGCCUCGCCACGCGGACGAGCUGGAGCUGGAGGUGGAUGAUCCUUUGCUGGUGGAGGUGCAGGCAGAAGAUUAUUGGUAUGAGGCUUACAACAUGCGCACAGGAGAUCGGGGCAUCUUUCCUGCCUACUAUGCUAUUGAAGUCACCAAGGACUCAGACCAUGUAACAGCUCUAGCCAAGAGCAGUGACUGGGUGGACCAGUUUCGGGUGAAGUUCCUUGGCUCUGUGCAGGUUCCCUACCACAAGGGCAAUGAUGUGCUCUGUGCGGCCAUGCAGAAGAUUGCCACCACGCGCCGCCUCACUGUGCACUUUAACCCACCCUCCAGCUGCGUCCUGGAGAUCAGUGUGCGCGGGGUCAAGAUUGCUGUGAAGGCUGACGACUCCAAGGAGCACAGCAAGGUAAACAAGUGUAGCCAUUUUUUCCAGCUGAAGAACAUUUCCUUUUGUGGGUACCAUCCAAAGAACAACAAAUAUUUUGGGUUCAUCACCAAGCACCCUGCUGACCACAGAUUUGCCUGUCAUGUCUUCGUCUCGGAGGAAUCCACGAAGCCACUGGCGGAGUCUGUAGGGAGGGCUUUCCAGCAAUUCUACAAGGAGUAUGUGGAGUACACAUGCCCCACAGAGGACAUCUACCUGGAGUAGGGGCUGGCACAGGCACCUCCUGCACAGCCAGGGCUGCAGUCUCGCCCCUUCCCCGUGUCGUGCAUGGACAAGAGCUGCUUUGAGCCUGGAGGAGGAGCGGGCCCAGGGCAGGGCUCCCCGGGGCACAGAGCGCCACCUCUUUUUGUGACUCCCCUUCCUCGGGCUGGGGGGACGGGAGGGGGGAGGGCUGGACAAAUUGUGUUUAUUGUACAAAAUACUCUUAGUUUAUUCUAUUGGAGAAGCACCUUCUGGGUGCCCUGCUUGUGAGCAGUUGGUGGGGGGGGACAGUAGCGUGCUCGUGCCCUUUCCAGCUGCAGGCUGGGGUGACAGCAUCUCCUCCUUGUGACCAUGGCACAGCUUCCUGUCACAUCCAUCUGGGGUGACUUUUAAUUGCAGUGGCAGAGUCAGUCUCUUGCAGUAUGAUGAUACAGCAGCUACAUAAAACAAGACCCACAUGCUGUCUCCUGCCUGGGAGAUGGGAUCACCUCCCUGCCAGGGCCUAGGGGAGAUGGCUGCUGGGCAGGGGUGGCAGAAGAAGCCCCAGUAUCUCCUCUGCCAGAGCCAGAAAGAGAUGAGACAGUUGUUCCCUGCCUCUGUCCCCAUCCCCACCCCUUCCGUCUUGUAUCCAUGCCCUGGGGAGAGAGAAAAAUUCCCCACAUACUCCCAGCAGUAACUAUACCUUCGGGAGGGAAGCCUUUUUCUGCCCCUUUCCCCUCUCCCCUAAGCUGCAGGUGGCAGAGGCAGGGCAGGGGCCCCCCAGCUCCGUGGAGCUCAGCCCCUGCACAAAGCUGGGUGUCUGCCCAAAGUGGGACAGGGAAGGGCUAAAGGCUGCAGGGAGCCAUGCGAAACACCAGGGAGGUAGAAGAGCUCUCCCGGUCCCUGCAGCCAGUGAUCUCUGUGCUUCAGCUGGAUCUGCUGUGAUGGCAACAACUAUUAAAUAUGAUGGUUCAUGGA